AUGUCCGGAUUCCUCGUAUUCAUCAUGGCUAUCGUCGCCCUCGGAGCUGGUCUACUCGGAUGGAAUCUCACGCCAAAGGGGAUGAACCAGACUAUGAUCCGAUCGAGCAUCCUCCUCACCUUGACUUGUUGCUACCUGAUGUGGGCGAUCACGUACAUGGCACAAUUGCACCCUUUGAUGGCCCCAAGACGGUCAGAUAUCCGAUCGGGCAGGGAAGCCAUGUGA